GUAGAUAGGCGCGCUAGGUGACGUCAUACAGGAAGUUUUCAGAGCUGGACCAUCGGAGCAUCUUUUGUGGCAACAUCAACCCCUUGCUAACCUGCCACUAAAUAUGACAAGAGCUGAAGGGCAAUUCACUGAACUAAUUCAGGGCUGGACCAUGUGGUGAUGAGCGCUAUGCCAUGCAGAGGAGACACAGCAGCAACACGGAUGGCAUGCCCUCUGAAAGGAGCCGAAGCCAAACUCUGGGCUCAGAGAGCAGCCUAGAUGAGGGUGGCGUGUUUGACUGUCUGAAACCUGACUCACCCGCUUCACCCCAGCAGAUCUUCUCCGGCCUGGUGGGUGUCCCCUCCGGCUCUGUCUCCUCUGCCCAAUUCCAGGCAGCCGGCUUAGUCCUGGGCUCUCCCCCUGAAGUUUUUAUUCAGAUGACUGCAUCGUCGAGAGAAGAAGGGGGCUCCCACCGCACGGAUGGUGGAUCUUUUCUCCCUCGACCGCCCCAGCACCACCAUCACCACCACCACUUCCACCACCAGCCCCUGCAGCACAGGACCUCCUCUCUGCUCCAGCAGGCCACCACAGCAGCUGCCUCAGAGAGGCACAGCUCCAGGGAGGAGGCCCAGGAAGACCCGUCCACCCCGGCCCCAGCCCUGUCUGAGUUGAAGGCAGUAGUCACAUGGCUGCAGAGGGGCUUCCCCUUCAUCCUCAUUCUGCUGGCUAAAGUCUGCUUUCAGCAUAAGCUAGGUAUUGCUGUGUGUGUCGGCAUGGCCUGCACAUUCGCCUAUGCCAAUUCCACGUUUAGGCACCAAGUGUCAUUACGGGAGGAGCGUUCUGUAUUUGUUGCUCUGUGGAUCAUCAUGUUCCUUGCAGGGAAUAUAGUGUAUAUCUACUACACAUUUAGUCACGAGGAGCUGCACAACAGCCUCAUAUUUGCCAAGCCCAACCUCAACAGCUUUGACUUCUUUGAUCUGAUCUGGGCAGUGGGCAUCACUGACUUUGUCCUUAAGUACUUCACCAUCGGCCUGAAAUGCUUUGUCCUCUUUUUGCCCAAGAUUCUCCUGGCCUUCAAAUCCCGGGGCAAGUUCUACCUGCUGAUCGAGGAGCUGAGCCAACUGUUUAGGGCCCUGGUGCCCAUCCAGCUGUGGUACAAAUACAUCAUGGGAGAAGACCCCUCCAACAGUUACUUCCUGGGAGCCACACUAAUCAUCAUCUACAGCCUUUGCAAGUCCUUUGACAUCUGUGGGCGUGUGUCUGCCAUACGCAAGGCCUUGGUAAUGCUCUGCAGCUCCCAGAGUUAUGGAGUGAGGGCAGGCAGUCAGCAGUGCAGUGAGGCAGGCGAUGUCUGUGCUAUUUGUCAGGCUGAUUUCAGAGACCCCAUAGCCCUUCUCUGUCAGCACGUGUUCUGCGAGGAGUGCCUGUGUUUGUGGUUCGACCGGGAGAGAACAUGUCCGCUGUGUCGCUCCACUGUCAUCGAGACCCUGCGAUGCUGGAAGGACGGCACCACCUCGGCUCACUUCCAGAUCUACUAAGCUCUGACAACAUAUUAUAUGCACGCAGAAAGAUGGGAUUGUGCUGUAAUGCGAGUUAGACAACGGUGUGUCAUCUUUCUCUGUUUAUCUUAGCGCGGUGAGUCUUUCAAUCAGGGGAAGCAUAAUCGCAGUAACACACAAUACGUAGGGGGACUUUAAUUUCAGAGGCAUUUGAAAAGGCCAGAACAUAACAUGUGUGUAAAUCACAACGUCUUCAGUGCAGACAAGUUGAGCAUCAUAUGAAGCUGGUGGUGGAGGCCACAGGCACAAACCAAAUUAUCAACAUGGUAUCACUUAAAAGAAACAUAAAGCUGGCCUAUUGUCAGUUUUGCAAUUGGACUGUUGUCAUACAGUUAUGGCAUUUUUGUGUACAUGUAGACUUAGCCACUGUUGUCAACUGUGAACAACAUUUUAUUUUACACUAGACACAUGAUAAAAUGUUACUUUGAUUUAGUGUGGUGAUAAUGUAAAUAGUCACAGCAUUCAGACUAUUUGUUUUUGUAAAUUUGGCACAUUUUUUGGUAUUCUUUAUGAUUUUGUCAUGUCUGUAUAUUGUCUAUAUUAAUCUUUUUUUAAAUUCUACAAUUGGUAUUUAACAUAAGUUGUAUUUGGUAUUUAGUUUAAAAAUUUGUAAUAUUUAUUUGAAAAUGGGAUACCACCCUUUGAACAAAACAAAGUGUCCCGCGGAAUGACUGUAAGUAAAAAAAAAAAAAAAUCACUUCAAACGUGUACUUUCAGAAGGUAAAAAAGUUCUUGGUUAGCAAACGAUAAGGUUAUUUAGAUAUUGAGUAAUGAACAUAAGGUGGUGUGUGACUUUUAAUUACCCAGACGGUAAACAGCACAUAGUGUAAUUGUUUAUGGUGCCAGCCAGGCAUAACAUUUUGUAGAUUUGUAUCAAGUGUGGUGCAGAUAUUGAAGUCGGUAGGAUUUGACUUUCCGUACAUUUCCACUUGCAAUUUCAUAGACGGUGGGGAGCUCAUUUCUGAUUAUCUUCAUUGUUAUUCCCCAUUAAUAUUAUUAAUAUGAAUAAUUUCCUUUAGAAUAAUUCAUUCAUGGGAUGCAUAAUAGACAGUAUGACUUUAAUGCAGAAUGCACUGCAGUGCAGAGGUUUUCAGUUUGAAAUUAAAGCACUUGAGCGCACCUUA